GACAUGUGUAUAAUUAGUUGCAUACCAUUCAAUCUUGUGUCUAUUCGAAACAUAGACAUAUUUUUUUUAACUUGUUUAUGCCAGUAGGGCUUAAGAAUAAAUGAAAAAAAGUGUUUAUCCCAUUAUUUUUUGUUACCGUUAUGAUGAUAAAAAAACAGAAAUGUAGUGAUAAAAAAUUGUGUUCGGUUAGAUAUACGCAAUUUCUUGGAUAUAAAUAAAUAAUAUUACAGUGUGAGUGUGUGUAAAUGAAAUGUUUCAAAACGGCAUACCUAAAUUGGACGAACCGGUAAUGAGGUUAAGUUAGCUGGGAGUAUGGGACCGCCGGGAUGGGCAUGUGUACAAACCCAAAGGGCAAGUUUCGUCCAUUGACCAACGCAACGGUACCGGUACUGCCUCAAAGCUCUUUUCCCGCGUAUACACUUCUUACAGCCUUAUUCAUUUUCGUCUUGAUACAAACAGUUGACUGUAUUCAAGAUGCAGUGCACAUCACAGCAAUACUCGGUGAGUCGGUGGUGUUCAAUUGCCACGUGGAGUUCCCUGAGGGACAUCCCGUGCCAUACGUGUUGCAAUGGGAGAAGAAGGUAGGCGAAACGAAAGGCAGCGCCCUGAUUGAGUACUUUUUAAAGGGACAGGACAUACCGAUUUACAUUUGGUAUGAAAGUUACCCGACGCACAGCGGUGAAGGAUACGAAGGUAGGGUAUCGAGGGUAUCGCCGGAUUCCCCAUAUGGAGCCGCCUCCCUUAACCUCACAAAUAUUAGAGAAUCGGACCAAGGAUGGUAUGAAUGCAAAGUGGUAUUCCUCAACCGUCCUCCCAAUCAGCCGAAAAACGGUACUUGGUUCCAUUUGGACGUGCACGCACCCCCCAGGUUCGUAGUGACACCCGAAGAUAUCAUCUACGUUAACCUGGGGGACGCCAUUAUUCUAAAUUGUCAAGCCGAAGGGACGCCCACUCCUGAAAUUCUUUGGUUCAAAGACGCCAAUCCUGUCGAACCAUCUUCGACGAUAGGCAUUUUCAACGACGGCACCGAAUUACGUAUAUCCAACAUCCGACAUGAAGAUAUAGGAGAUUACACUUGCAUAGCUCGUAACGGCGAAGGUCAAAUUUCGCAUACGGCUCGUGUGAUAAUAGCAGGGGGCGCAGUUAUUAUGGUACCACCGACGAACCAAACGAAAUUAGAAGGCGAAAAAGUCCAAUUCAAUUGCGAAGCUAAAGCGCAACCGGGCAACGUAACCGUCAAAUGGUUCAGGGAAGGCGCCCCGGUUAAGGAAUUAGCUUCAUUGGAAACGAGAGUCACCAUCAAAAGAGACGGUUCUCUAGUUAUAAAUCCGGUUAGUUCGGAGGAUUCCGGUCAAUAUCUUUGCGAGGUUAGCAACGGUAUCGGGGAACCCCAAUCAGCAUCGGCCUACUUAAACGUCGAAUAUCCGGCGAAAGUAACGUUUACUCCCACGAUACAGUACCUGCCGUUUCGUCUAGCUGGCGUGGUUCAGUGUUAUAUUAAGGCGAAUCCUCCAUUGCAAUACGUCACGUGGACUAAGGACAAACGAUUAUUGGAACCUUACCAGACCAAGGAUAUCGUCAUUAUGAAUAAUGGUUCGUUAUUGUUCACCAGAGUCAAUGAAAACCAUCAGGGUCGAUAUACUUGUACCCCUUACAACGCGCAAGGUACCCAAGGUAGUUCCGGACAAAUGGAAGUAUUGGUUAGAAAACCGCCAACAUUCAUCAUCGAACCGGAAACGAUGUACCAGAGGAAAGUAGGGGAGUCCGUCGACAUGCCCUGCGAUGCCGUCGAAGCCGAAGGUACACAAAAACCUACCAUACAAUGGCAGAGAAGAGACGGUACUCCGCUACCGAAGAACCGCGUCAAGUUAGUUGGAGGCAAUUUGACUUUGGAGUCGAUUCGUCGCUUGGAUUUCGGAUUUUAUCAAUGCGUCGCUACCAACGAAGUAGCUACGAUCAUCACGGGGACGCAGUUAGUGGUAGAAGGAACUCAACCCCACGCACCAUACAACCUUACCGGAAUAGCUACGGAAUUUUCCGUAACCCUCAGCUGGUUACCUGGCUACAGCGGAGGCCCGGACUACAAACAGGAAUAUACCAUGUGGUACAGAGAAGCCGGAACAACAGAAUGGUCGACGAUUCCCGUAACACCAUCUGGUGCGACUACUGUAACAAUAAAUAGGUUAGCUCCGGGAACUAAUUACGAAUUCCACGUGAUAGGAAAGAAUGCUUUGGGAGAUGGAAUGAUGAGCAAGAUUAUUACAGUGCGAACUGUGGAGGUGGGUCAACAAAAACCUAUAAAAAUUACCCCAACGCCCUUCAUGACACCAAACGAUGAUGCGGGACCAAAACCAGGCGUACCCCGAAACCUGACCGUUAACGAGAUCAGUAACGGUUUCUUAAUCACGUGGAUGCCACCAGUUGAAAGAGCUGAACUCAUACAACACUAUGUGAUCAAAUAUAGGACUGAUGGACCAUGGAAGACAUUGAACAAAGCUCAAAUUAGACCCGAAGACACCCAUUAUUUAGUUAAAAACCUAGUAGGCGGUCGCACUUACUAUUUCCGCAUUCUGGCUUACUCCGGCAAGAGUUACGAAACCAGCGAAGAAGUGAAAUUUUCAGUGCCGGCUCGCGUCAAACACAAAGCCCUUACUGCCGGCGUCGUAGGUGGUAUCCUCUUCUUCAUAGUCGCCAUUACGCUGUCCGUUUGCGCGGUCAAAAUUUGCAAUAAACGCAAACGACGGAAACAAGAAAAAGCUUACAAUAUGGUAGCCUGUCGUAUAACAGAUUCGAGAAAUGGAGGUAACGCUACAGACAGUCAAGUGCCUUUGAAAAAACUUAGAAAAGGCCGAAUACCAGGUUUGAGAACUCUGGCAUUCAUCGCGAACUGGAUAUGGCCGAGAGAUCGAUGCCGUUCCGGUAGCCUAUCAAGUCUCACCUGGCAUCCAGACUACCUCCAUCCAGGUUCUCCUUCCAAAUCUUUGGCGCGUAUAUCCAGAGCGGCCGACGGUCGUUUCGUUUUGGUCGAUUCGGUGUUGAGUUUGCGCGCCGAUAGUGCCUCUAACAUUUCGAGCAGCGACGACGGGGGAUUUUUACCGAAACGAGGCGCUAAUAAUCGAGCUUCGUGGCGAAGACCGCUCGUAGGUUAUCCCAGCGAACUCAGUCUACGAUCUGACGCUUCGGGACAAUCUGCUUCUGGAUUACCCGCUUUCAUCAUCGGACAAAGGUAUCAACAACAAUCGAAUUUGAAACCUUUACAAACAAUAUACAGUCCCCAUACACCCCAAGUGAUGUCAAGCAGCCCGGCGACUUCCAGCGGAUUAUUAUUAACUCCUUGGUCUCCCAUGUACUUUAGUGAUUUGAGCUCAGUUAGAUAUACCAGCUCGGGAGAGCGGUCGUUUCCCACGCCGCCAGGUUUCAUGCAACUAAAAUCCGUUCACGAAAGAUAUUCCCAAGAACUACCACCGCUAAAAGCCAUCCACGAAGAACAUCAAGGUUUUAUUCCCGUUCAUCCUGUACGAGAUAGUCCUAGGGUAAUACCUCAACAUAGACUAGCCAGAAGCUCUAGAUUGUUACCGCCCAGACACGCGCGGAUAGCGAGAAGCGCUCCCGAGCUGGAUCACCUCGAUAGAUCACCAGAAAGUAGAUCUAGCUCGAGCGGAUUCGGAAGUAAGAAUACUUCGCAACAAAAUCAGAGUUCGCACAGCGGUAGUACGUUGAUAGGUUGGGGUCUACCGCCUUACAGACCACCGCCACCUGUGCCAUCCAUGUUACCACCACCGCCUCCCUCCCUUGUUGGCCAUUGGCUGGAUAUCGCCAGUUCUUCUCCUUCGGCCUCGGAUCACAUUCACAAGGCUGUAGAUGUCGGUAGCGUCGACGGCCAUUACGAAUUCGAUCCCAGUACACCCACGCCUACUCCUUCCACACCGACAGGCUCUAGAGAUAUAGAUUUAGAUACUUCCGGUCCUGGACCUCCUCAACGGAAAAGCUACGGAAUCAUAAGAAGCAGAUACGACAACAUCGACGCCAGAGUUCAGGCCAUGAAGCAAGAAUUCAACGAGUUCAGGAAAAGGCAAGCCAGCAGAAGACGAAGCCAGGAAUUGGAAAGUGCCUGUUGAUGCACAAUUUAUUUUUCUUUGGUGAGUGCGUGAAUUCGUCGUUUUUAUUUUGUGUCAAAUAUUUGAAGCUCUAGGUAUAUUUGAAUAUCAAAAUUCUUGGAAUCGCAUUAAAUAAAUUUUCAAUUCAAUUAUUUUUUUUAUGCAACUGUUUUAGUAAAAAUUUAAUAAUAAUAAUAAAUACAGAAAAAAAUUGAGGAAGCGGAGACUCAAUUUUGAAAGAAGUCAAAAAAACGGUCGAUAAACUGAAGUCCUCAUCUGAGGGGGUAUGUCCACCUACGAGGCGGACAUACCCCCCCUCAAAAAAAGUCUGCAAGUUGGGAAUCUCACCCCAAAAGUCGUCGAGGCAGAAAUUCCACCUCAAAGUCGACCAGGCAGGAAUUUGAUCUCCAAGUUUACGAGGCGGGAAUUCCACCUCAAACAAAGUCGACGAGGCAAGAAUUUGAUCUCCAAGUUUACGAGGCGGGAAUUCCACCUCAAACAAAGUCGACGAGGCAAGAAUUUGAUCUCCAACUAAGUUUACGAGGCGGGAAUUCCACAUCAAAGAAAGUCGACGAGGCGGGAAUUCCAUUUCAAACAAAGUCGACGAGGAGGGAAUUUGAUCACAAACUAAGUUAACGAGGCGGGAAUUCUACCUCUAACAAAGUGGACGAGGCGAGAAUUCCAUUUCAAAAAAAACCGAGGAGGCGGAAUUCCAUCUCAAAAUAAGUCGAUAAGGGAAGAAAAAAAAAUAUCAAGCAAAUAAGGACAAUAUAUUUAAAAAACAGAGAUAGCGAGAAAAUUUUGAGAAAAUGACGAAGUGAUUACACCAACUGAGCGAACAAUUUAAGACUGACUCUGAGGCCCUCAUCUUGAAAAAUACAUUGUAGACAUAAUUAUGCCAUCUUAAAAUCGAGUUGGUGAGGUCUUCGAAAAAAAAAAACACUCGCUUCCACAACUCUAUUGAGUUGGAGAUGGAAAAGAAUCCCAAUUCAGAAAAAAAUUAGUAGAGCUAAAAUCCCAAUCUCAAGAACUAAAAUAAAGUCAAUACAGAACUUCACCUUACAAAUAAGUCUAAGAAAUGAAACCGAGGAACUUCUGAAAUAAAUACCGAGGUAUCUAGGACCUCAUCUCAAAAAAAUGGGUCUACAUCAAAAAAGCGGACGAAGUGGACUCGAAAGAGAAAUUUGAAAGACUCAGGUCCAUAUUUUGAUCAAUAAGUCUUUGAAUGAUUUUGAGUCUAAAAUAUUUUUUAAUGAAUAAUUUUUUCUGUACAUUUUUAAAAUUGAAAUUUCCAAUAAAAUUGUAUCUGGGUGAGGUUUCCAUGUUGUAUUUGAGUGAGAUUUUACUCGGUUUGUAUAGAGUACAAAUUACAAUGUUUUUCUAAAUCAUUUGUCAUUAUUAUUGAUCACAUUUUUGAUUAAUUCAAUUUCGGAGGAUGUAUUAUAAAAAAAAAUAAUCAUCGAGAUAUUUCUAGAGCUUCCAAAUCGGAUUUUCUAUACAAAAAACUCAUAUUUGUCGAUUUCAGUGUGAUAUCGUAACAACUACAAGCAAAAAACGAAAUAUGUUCUAAAUAUUGUAAUAAAUGUAUAACAGAACCAAACGAGACGUUUAUAAGAUCAAAUUAUUAAUUAAAUAAGAUUAUAAGUUAUAAAAUUACUAAAAAAAAAACAAAAACACAUUUGUCAUAGGUAAUUUCUAAUGUAGGGAUAAGUACGAGGCUCAAACUCGGAUUGUCACUGGAAGGCUAUAAGGAAAAUCUGUCGUUCAUGCGAUUUAUUUUGUUGUGGAAUAAAAAAGAUCCUAAAUUAGGUCAUUGAUUUUAUUUUGAAAAAUAAAUCCAGUUUUUACAUAAAAACAGAAGACUAAAAAAAACUAUUUCAAAAUUUAAUCUUCCAGUACAAAUCCAAAAACUACACAACUUUAUAAUACACGUAUCAACGUGUUCGAAGGAAUGAUCGAUAUAGAAAGAGAAAUUAAAUCUAUUGAAUUACAUUCAAAAAAAUUUUAACAAUUCAAAAACCCCAUACAAAAAUAUUUUUCCAAAAUAUAGUUUAAUAAAUUUAAUGGGAAAUUCGAUAUAAAAAAAUUUAAGUUAUUUACACAAAAAAAAAUGAUGGAACCCAAACAAUUUAAAUCGAAUUUAACGAAAAAUAUUUCGUUAAUAAAAAUUUUUUUGAUUGUACUACAACAAUUUAUUUCUCAUCGAAUCAUUCUUUUUCAAUAAAUUCUAACGCUUUAGCGCGGUCUUCGAGAUCGUGAUCACCAACAGUGGCGUAACCAAAAAAAAUUUUCCCCCCAGUUUAUAUUUUUACCCACCCUUUCGUUACGCCAUUGUUAAACAAGAGAGGCUGUUGCGUUUUGUAAUAUUAGAUGUUUAGGAUCACAUUAUAUAUAUAGUGAUGUACCUUGCGUCUACUAGAGGCGCCCCUAGGAUCCCAAGUUGGGCCACGGCGUCAAAACGAAACGGAAACUACUAACCUAUAUCAUUUUUUUUUUUAAAUAUAUAUAAACAAAGGACCUUGGAAACAAAUUAUAAAAACAAAAACAUUUUUUAAAUCAUCGUUUGAAAUUAACAUUACACCAUUUACUUAAUAAACUAUAUUAGGAUUUAGUAGUAUCCCGAAUUUUGUCAAUGACAGUUCAUUUCCAGUUCGCUUCACAGAACACAUAAGAGGAAACGUCAACUCAUAAAACGUUGUUUUAUGGAAAUUCAAUAGAAUCGAUUAAUCGAGAAAAAAUCGAUCGGUAUGAGUACUUCUGCUACUGUCAUUUCAUAUCAAAAUGUUUGGUUAGAAAAUAUUAUUAUCCGUUUCGUUUUGAUUGCUUUUUCACUUUUGUUAACAGUUUUAGUAUUUCUAUGAAAAUAUAACCAAACAAACUAAAAGUGGAGGUUUUAACACAUCAUUCAACAAGUCGUGUGACUAACUGUAACAUUUUUUUUGCCAAAAAUCGAUUUUAUUCUUCCUUUAAUACAGUAUUCCAACGUUUCUCCAACUUUUCGAUGCCGUCCUUGUAUAAGGAUUUGUCUUUUGCCUUAAAAUAGGCUUCAGUUUCAGCUUCUUCAUUUGAUCUGAAUUUCUUACCGGAAAACAUUUUUUUGACAUCGGCGAAUAUCCAGUAGUCACUGGAGGCUUUGUGGACUUUUUUGAUGUUUUCUGGACGACCAGAACCCUCACCAUCAUUAGUGUAUGUACGACCACACAAGAAAUUGUUUUGAAUCAGUGAUUUUGAAAUUAAUUGCUCACUUUUUUCUGACUAAUCGAAAUGUCGCGAAAUUUUACACAGACUAUUUUGAAAGUUGGUACUUCAUAAACGUCAUACGGAUUUAACAAUGGCACUGCCAUCUGUGUGUCAGUUACACGACUUAUUGAGUGAUGUAAUGUAAGUGCAAUAAUAUUAUUAAAUCUUUUUGGAUUUCAAACGAGAAUCAACUAAAUUUUCAAUACCAAAAAAAAUUUCGAGCGUAUACAAUUUGUUUGCAAUAAAAAGGGGGACCUUUUUAUUGAUAAUAAAAAAAAUUUAUACCCUAAUCAAAACGUUAUGAAAUUAAUGUAACAUAAACAAAGUGAAUCUUAACCUAAAAAUUGCUUAAAUUAUAUUUUUUUUAUAUGUACUUGCCGAAAAAAAUACAAUUUUCGAAGAAAAAUCGGGGAAUUUAUGGUUUUCUAAAUUUUUUGGUUAUAAAAGUGAGAAAAUCUCGGUUUUUCAAACUCUACUGUCAUAUUUAUCUUGAAUGCAAGAAAAAAUAAAUUAAAUUAAAACCCACUUCCAAAUAACUGAAAACAUCUAGUUUAUGUUAAUUAAUUUAUUUAAAUACAAAAAAAAAUAAUUUGUAAUCAUAAAAAUAAAAGGUAUAAAAAACAAAUUCAAAAUUUUGUAACAUUGUUUCAAUAUUAUUAGUUGAUUCUCAUUGGUUUAAGAGUAUGGUAGAGUGAACGUUUUUUUAUUUUUGAAAAUGAUUAUCAAUUUACGGGUAAUUCAAGUGGGGGUUUCAAAUAUUUAACAAACAAAAUUUUCACGACAUUUUUAUAUCCUCAAUUAUCAUUAUUUUCGUAUAAAACUGUGAUAAUCUAGAAGUAGAUGCCACAUAUUUAUUAGCCUGGGAUUGAGUAUGUCCCCAUUUUCUAGUUUGUUUGGUACACCUUGUAUCUAUACUUUUUAUUUUUGUUAAUGGACGUAUUUGUGAACAAUAUUUAUAAUUAAAGAUUAAUUUUGAUAAUAAUUGUAAAUAUGAAAAGAAAUUGUUCACGCUUUUGUUCAUAUUUCAAACUGUUUUUUUUUUGAGAUUUAGACUAAAUCAAAUUCAUAUUUAUUCGAUGAAUAAUAUAUUUUACUUUAUUUUUUAUAUUUUUACGAAUUUAUCGUUGUAUAAGUGAUAUCUGAUUUAGUACAAUUCAUAAUUUAAUUUAUUUGUUUGUUUUUGACUGAUUUAUAUACUAUUAGGUGUGUGGCUAGGAGAUUCUUACAAUUUUUGAGCUAUUCCUAUAACAACGUUGAUUUUGUUGAUUAAUUACGCAGUUAUAGUACACUAUAACAGUAAUCUCGUUUUUUAGUUCCAGAAAAUCAUCAGAUUUCAAUGAAUUUUUUUUUUAAAUCUUUGUGUUUACGAAAAAAUUAUAGGGACAACAAAAAAUGCAAAACUUACAUUAAUUUCACGGUUUUAAAUCUGUCCAAUGAAGUUAUUAUAGUUUUUUCUCAAUUUACACAAAACAAAAUAUACAAAAAAUGUUGAUUUUUCAUGUUUUUACAGCUCUAAAUAAUAAUACUACCUAUAAAAAGUAGCCUUCUCUUACAUUGUUUACAUUUCACCAAAACUAGUUUUCAAUUCAUUCACAAAUAAUUGAAUCACUUUUAUUCACAACCAAUAAUACAAAUAACAGUUAAUUCUUUAAACAACUAAACACUUUCUAUUCGUACUGCGAUUUUUCUUUCUUGGUUAGGUCUCUCUUCUUUUUUUGAAAUGACAACUGUUUUCUACUUCACCAUAGAAAAAUAAAAAACAAAGAAGUAUGAUAUACUUUGUUCGCUGGUUCAAUUCCGAUUCAGUUUAGGAACCAAUCGCAAACGCUCUUUCAAAGUUACCGUUCUGCUCUAAAUUUGAAGGAAUAGUUCUGUGUUCGAAAGUAGCAUAUUUUAUUCAUUAUAAUUAUCUGGAAUGCUGGUAAUACCGGAAGUACUAAUCCCUACAGGAAGGAAUUGAUUUUCGUUCACCUAAAUCAUUUUUUUUUAUAUAUGUUUUUGGAAAGCUCAAAAAUUGCGCUAGCCCCCUUUUAAAAAAAAAACCGAGUACUUUAGGGGAUACCGAAGGCGUAAAAGCAACACCACUUGUAGUUAUAAAUUUUCAAAAGUGCUUUUGCGCCUUCACAAAAUGUUAAAUUUCCAAAAUACAAAAAAAAAUCUUGCCAAUGAUAUUUAUUACUGAUAAAUAAGGACGGAGACAUUUUUAAUAACAUUUUGCAUGUUCACUAGGCACUUGAUCUUUUCUAAAAGUUAAACGGGAUAUGAAAAAAAAACUACCUGUAUAUUAAUAUCAUUUCACGAAGCACACUGACGAUUUAGUUGUAGAAAUUUUUAGUUGUAAGUGUUAAGUAGUAAACCGACAGUUGUUACUAUGUAACUACGCUGUAUAAAGCAUCACAUCUAAAUAAAAAUACAAUAAAACGUUGCCAGAUCUAUUUAUUUUCUUUAAUUCUC